AUGGCAUCCCGCGCACCUUACAUUGUUCCGGCGCUCAAGAAGCACACCGCCACGGUGAUCAUGGCCCACGGCCUAGGCGACAGCGGUGCCGGAUGGAUGGCACUUGCUCAGAACUGGCGCCGCCGUGGCAUGUUCGACGAAGUGGCUUUCAUCUUCCCGAAUGCCCCGAUGAUCCCUAUUACAGUGAACUUUGGACUGAGCAUGCCCGGGUGGUAUGACAUUGCCAAACUUGGCCGUGAUUUGGACUUCGAAGAAUCUCUCAAGCACCAAGACGAGGCCGGUGUCCUUCGCUCCCGCGACUACUUCAACACCCUGAUCAAGGAACAAAUCGACCAGGGCAUCAGCCCUUCGCGAAUCGUGCUGGGUGGUUUCUCGCAGGGCGGUGCGAUCUCCCUCUUCACCGGAAUCACGAACAAGGAGAAACUGGGCGGAGUGUUCGGUCUGUCGUGCUACUUGCUUCUUAGCGACCGCAUCAAGAACUACACGCCGGAGGACUGGCCGAACAAGAAGACGCCGUUCUUCAUGGGCCACGGCUUGGAUGAUGAGGUGGUGAAAUACGAGUUCGGAAAGAUGUCGUCUAAGGCGCUGACCGAUAUGGGGUUGGAGGAUGUCAGCUUCAACUCUUAUCCUGAUUUGGGCCACUCGGCCGAUCCCGUGGAGAUCGAGGACCUUGAGAAGUUCCUGAAGAAGACAAUCCCUCCCCAGGGUGAGGGUGAGGCCUCUGCCGGGUUAUGA